AUGAGUGGUUUAUUGAUUGUUAUGAUUAUGAUAGGGUUACAAAUUCAUUAUACAGUGCUUGCAAUAUUGAUAAAACAUGCUUUUUCCGAUGGAUUGAGUCCAACAAUCUAUGUAAUGUAUAGGCAAGGCAUAGCAACUUUGGCAUUGGCACCUUUCAUCUUUCUCUCUAAUAAGAGGAGACGAUCUUUGAGGUCAUCACUAGGAUUAAAGGGUAUCUCAUGGAUGUUUUUGACAUCACUUUUUGGGGUUACAGUAAAUCAGAAUGCAUAUUUUUGUGGUUUAUACUAUGCAUCCUCUACCGUAGCUACUGCUAUGACUAAUUUGAUACCUGCAUUUACUUUUGUAUUAGCAGCACUUUUGGGAUUUGAGAAAAUUGACCUUCGAAGUUUAAGAAGCAUAGCCAAAAUAUUAGGGACGAUUUGUUGUGUCAGUGGAGCCUUAACCAUUGCAUUUCUCAAAGGAAAUAAAUUGGUACUCAUGGAGUUUAGUCUUUCUGAUCCCAAAUAUCUCACUGCUAGUGGAGAUGAUAAUUGGAUUCUGGGUUGUUUGUUGCUCUUAGCAAGUAGUAUUUUUUGGGCGUGUUGGAUGAUUAUGCAGAUACCAAUUUCUUCAUACUGCCCGGAUCAUAUGUUAUCGUCUUUUUGGAUGUGUCUAUUUGCAACAAUACAGUCGGCUAUAUUUGUUGUGAUCCAAGAAAAUCAUGUUCAAUCAAGGAUUUUACAUUCACCUUUACAAAUUUCAUGCAUUUUAUAUUCAGGAAUUGGAAUUGCGAUUAGCUUUUUCGUUCAAUCGUGGUGCAUAUCACAAAGAGGUCCAUUGUAUUGUGUAAUGUUCAACCCUCUAGCAGCUGUCUUCACAGCUUUGGUAGCUACUACGUUUCUACAUGAACAACUUUAUGUUGGAAGCUUGGUGGGGGCUCUUGGAGUGAUAGUUGGUUUGUAUUUUGUGUUAUGGGGUAAAGUUAAAGAUAUUAAUGUGACGAAACAAGAGCCAACACAAUCAAACAUAGAGGAUGAUGAAAGAAGUAAUAUAAUAGAUUUGGAAGAACCACUUAUUGUAGAGAAAUCAAAAUCUUUAGCAGAGAUGAAAAUGGAGGGCUGA